AUGCGGUUUACCGACUUCACCCCAGUGCUUCUGCUGAGCACCCUCGCGUCUGCUCUUCCAGAGGUCAAGCGUGCUGCUACACUUCCCCUCUCAACCAAGGGUCGCGACAUCAUCGAUGCCAAUGGCGAAAUCUUCCACUUUGUUUCCACGAACUGGCCAGGCCACCAGGAGGUCAUGGUGCCUGAGGGUCUCCAGCAUUCCUCCAUCAAAGACAUUGUUUCCUGGUUCCCAAAAUUUGGCCUGAACUCUGUCCGCCUGACGUUUGCGAUUGAGAUGAUCGACGACUACUACAGCAACAGUACGAACCAGACACUGGAGAAGAGCUUCAUCAAUUCACUUGGUGUAGUAAAUGGUACCAUUGUACUCAACCAGAUCCUAGAGAAGAACCCAGAGUUCACCAAAGAUACCACACGGUUUGAGGUUUGGGACGCCGUUGCUAAGGAGCUUUCAAAUCAAGGCGUUAUCAUUCACUUGGACAACCAUGUCAGCAAGGCAUUCUGGUGUUGUGCAGAUAAUGACGGUAAUGGCUGGUUCGGUGAGAAGUUCUUCGAUGUUGAGAAGUGGAAGCGCGGUCUAGCUUUCAUGGCAGGACAUGCAAAGAAGAACUGGCCUACGUAUUCCUCCAUGGGUCUUCGCAACGAACUUCGCAGCGCCACUGUUGCUGAGCCGGUCGAUUGGUACACCUGGUACGUCCGAAUGACGGAAGCAGCCAACGCUGUAUACGAGGCAGAUCCAGAUGGCCUCAUUUUCUUCUCUGGUCUCUCAUACGACACCUACAUUGAUCCCAUACCGCUUGGCAAGACGCUCAGCGGCACGGCUGGCAAACCAUCGGCCAACAAGACUGCCGUUUUCAGGCCCGAAGACUUUGCUUUCAAGGACAAGAUCGUGCUAGAGAUCCACAAGUAUGAUUUCGAAGCCACUCAAGACAACUGCGAAACUUUCAAGAGCAAGUGGUACAAGAAGGGCUUUCAAAGUGUCAACCCUGAUGACCCUGCCACCAAGUAUCUUUUCCCCAUGGUCAUCUCCGAAUGGGGUUUCAUUCACAAUGGAACAUACUGGAACCAGACUACUUAUGCGAAGUGCCUGAUCGAAAUGGUUGAACAGUACCAAGUAAGCUGGAUGCACUGGGAUAUAUCAGGUUCUUUUUACCUGCAGACUCGCCCAGGCAGGAAGCCACAAGAGUCUAUCCAGGGAUUGGAAGAGUUUUGGGGGCUGUUGAACUAUAACUGGACAGCCAUCCGCUCUCCAAUUACCCUUGAGAACAGCCUGUACAAAAUGAUUGGGGCUUUGAAGUGA